AUGAAAUACGCACAGUAUGUUUUCCUGGCCUCGAUCUUCUCCACUGUUGAAUAUAGCCUAGCUCAGACCUGUGCAGUGGAGUCUUUCUCUGUGAAAGACAAUUUUGAUCCAAAAAGGUAUGCAGGAAAAUGGUAUGCCCUGGCCAAGAAGGAUCCAGAAGGCCUUUUCCUUCAGGACAACAUCUCUGCUGAAUACACCGUGGAGGAAGAUGGCACAAUGACAGCGUCUUCCAAAGGCCGAGUGAAGCUUUUUGGGUUCUGGGUGAUCUGUGCUGACAUGGCUGCUCAGUAUACAGUACCUGACCCAACCACUCCAGCAAAAAUGUACAUGACCUACCAGGGCCUGGCCAGCUACCUCUCCAGCGGUGGGGACAACUACUGGGUGAUUGACACCGACUACGAUAACUAUGCCAUUACCUAUGCCUGCCGCAGUCUAAAGGAGGAUGGCUCCUGUGAUGAUGGCUACUCCCUGAUCUUCUCACGCAACCCCCGUGGCCUCCCCCCAGCCAUUCAGCGCAUUGUGCGUCAGAAGCAGGAAGAAAUCUGCAUGUCUGGCCAGUUCCAGCCUGUGCUUCAGUCAGGUACUUUGGGUUAAUUAGCAAAGUCACAG